UUUGUGAGUACGUAGCCAUAAACGAGACAACUUUCUUUCCUCGUUACCUCGAAAGCAGCUCCUGUCCUGUUCACUGGGGUUCAGAGAAGCAGAAGUGUUUAAAACCGCAGCUGCAUCAAGAUGGUGGCAAAGCAGAGAAUCCGUAUGGCGAACGAGAAGCACAGCAAGAACAUCACGCAGCGGGGCAACGUCAAGUCGACGAAGCCUAACACGGAGGACAAAGUCUCAGUGGGACCGUGGCUCCUGGCGCUCUUUAUCUUCGUCGUGUGCGGCUCAGCCAUAUUCCAGAUCAUCCAGAGCAUCCGAAUGGGAAUGUAACAAGCACGGAUCCACCGCCUCGCCAUUCUCAACGUUCUACUUCCUGCUCCUUCGCAAUAAAAAGGAAUUCCUUACGGUUUAAUUGAAUUAAUUUGCUUUUUUUCUUGGAAGUGGAACAGCGUCCCGAGUCCUCUUCCUUGUGCCUUAUGACCAUGAGGACAUUUCAUCAAGCAAUUAAACUGCCGUCCGCUAUGCUUCGUACUCUCAGCGCAAGCUAAAAUGUGACUCGUCUUACUUCAUUUCUUACAUUCCUCUGGAGAAAGUGGUCAUUCUUUUUUUCUUUUUCUUUUUUUUAUCCCUAUAUGAAGGCGCUCGAUGUAUCCUGAUCUCUUUGAUUUUAAUAUUUAACUGACCAAAUCUUGAUAAAUUUGCACAAGGUGAAGGAGACGAAACCCAAGAACGGAAUCAGUCGAAAGAUCGACCCUCUCCCUUUGACCACUAGCGUAAAUUCUUUUCAUUUCAUUCCUGUACGAUGAUUUUGUGAUUAACAGUAUUUCAGAUGGCUGCCUCUGUGUGUUUCAGUUCUGAUUAGCGCCAGAGUCUCGGGCUGCGUAUGGGCUUCGUCUCAUUUACGGUUCUCAGGCACAUACCGCUCUUUGGCAUGCCCCACCCUUUGGUGACAUAGAACUGUGGUGUCUCAGAAUUAGUGGAAGCUUAACUAGAUCAUGGGGUCCAAAUGAAAUAAAAUGUCUUUGAGAGCAUG